UCUCUCGGGUUGCACAGGCCCGGAAGGCCCAUCUGUCCCUUACUAUUUGAGUCCCUGUUGUGUCAUUGGCAGCUUUCUGAGCAGCUGCAAAAUGUUUUUAACUUGAAGUGGAAGUUGGGGUCACUGGCAUCGUCAGGCCCGGACAGUCACUCUCAGCAAGGGCUCUUUCAGCUCUGACAUCUACUAGCUUACGGACUCCGAAAUUGCUUGGUUGCCUAGGACCACAGUCUUCUGCCUGGUCGUCCCUCUUUGCGGCUCAUCUGCUCGGGUAGCCUCGACACGGCAGCUUGGCGACGCGGUUCCGGAGGGGGACCAGAGGUGCUCCCGCGCGGUCAGGGGGCGGCGGCACCGCCGUCCACCUCGGAGGAUCAUGCUGCCAGGCAAGUCCCGGCUCAACGUGGGGUGGCUCGGCUACUCGCUCGGCCUGCUCCUCGAGCACAGACAGCUCUUCACAGAGCGCGCGCCUCGGAGCCCUAGCCGAAAUGAAAGUUCAUUAGCAUCUACCCUGAAGACGCUCCUGUUCUUCACAGCUUUAAUGAUCACAGUACCUAUUGGGUUGUAUUUCACGACUAAAUCUUAUGUUUUUGAAGGCGCCUUUGGAAUGUCCAAUAGGGACAGCUAUUUUUAUGCUGCUAUUGUUGCGGUGGUCGCCGUCCACGUGGUGUUGGCCCUCUUUGUUUAUGUGGCCUGGAAUGAAGGCUCACGACAGUGGCGUGAAGGCAAACAGGAUUAAAUUGAACAUCACCUUUUGAUAGCAUUAAAUUGAUUUUUAAAAAUGGUAAAUGUAUCUGGGGUAUUAAUGAUUUCAAUAAAGUUGAGAACAUAUUAAAAUCAA